AUGCUCGUGGAAAUCGUCGUUCAUGGAGACAUACUCUGUCCAUGGUGUUUCCUCCAGAAGAGGACUCUCGAAGGCGCCAUGGAGCGCUAUCAAGCACUUCAUCCCGAGAUAGAAUUCGAUGUCACAUGGAAACCCUUCCUACUAUAUCCCACAUUACGAAAAGGCGAAAAACGUGCCCUCUACGAAAAGAUCAUGUCCCCAGAGAAACUCCGACUCUUCACCAGUCGUCUCCAAACAGCUGGUUCCCGCCAUGGCAUCUCGUUCUCCGUGAUCGGCACCACGGGUCCCUCACAGCUCGCCCACCGACUCCUCGCUCUAGCACUGCAGACCCACGGGACAUCUACCCAGUCCGCUAUGCUCGACGCUUUGUUCCGCGGGCACUUUGAGCACGGCGCUGAUAUCGCCGACCCGGAGUGGCUGAUGCACGUAGGCAGGACGGAGGGAAAGCUCAAGGAUGCUGAGAUGAGGGCUGCGCUGCUGGGGCCGGAAGCGGGCGAGGAGUUACAGCAAGAGGUCAGGACUGCGUCGGUUGGGGGCGUAGAAGCUGUGCCGUGUGUUACGGUGCAGAAUAGGUUUCGAGUAGGAGGGUAUCAAGAGCCGGAAGUGUUUGCAGGUUUGUUUGACAAGCUACGGCGGGAGAAUAGAUGA